UUGUUUUUCACACAAUUGCACUCUUUAAUUCAUCACAAACAUACCCAAUUCACCAAUUUCAUUUUCAUUGUAUACAUACACGUGUGUAUGUAUAUGUGUGUUGUAAUUUUUAUGAAAUUUAGAGACUUGGGUGUUUGUUAGUAUGUGUGAUUGUGUAUGUGGCUUGGAUAUCUUGGUUAAAUUUGACUGCUUUUUUAGCUUAUGUUGAGUGAAUUUGUUGGGGGUGAUUGAUGUUUUUGAUUUUUUGUUGAAAGUUAAUUUUGGUUUAAUUAGGGGCUGGGUUUAGUUGUUGGUUAGGAGUGAUGAAAGGUGAAUUGGGUUUCGGUUUAGUUUGCGGGGUAGGAUUGUGAUCACUGCUCAUUGUUGUUGUGGUGACGGGGAAUGUGACGAUGGCUAGUUUGGCAUUGUUGUUGCCAACCAACUGUAGGAAGUGUGUUGUGGGGAAGAAAUGCGAGGAAAGUGUGGUUGGGCGGGGAGGAUUAUUAAAUGUGUCGUGAAUAGAUGAUGAAAGAAGAAAGUUUGAAGUCGAAAAGGUUAUCAUUAUUACUACUUUGAGGCUGCUUUAAGUUGGAUAGAAUGGAGUGAGCACCCCACAGGUGAACGACUGAAUGCAAUCUUAUAGUUAGGGAUAGGUCGAAAAACAAAUUCAUGAGUGCUUGAAAGUAUAUGGCAUCACAUCGUUCCUCUGGAGUUGUUGACCCUGGAUGGGAGCAUGGUGUUGCUCAGGAUGAGAGGAAAAAAAAGGUCAGGUGCAAUUACUGUGGAAAGGUAGUUAGUGGUGGAAUCUACAGGUUAAAGCAACAUUUAGCUCGAGUUUCUGGAGAAGUAACAUACUGUGAUAAGGCGCCAGAGGAUGUAUACUUGAAAAUGAGAGAAAAUUUAGAAGGAUGCCGGUUUAGUAAAAGAGCAAGGAAAAAUGAAUAUGAUGAACAAGCAUACUUAACUUUCCCCUCUAAUGAUGAAGCAGAGGAGGAAGAGCAUGCUGGAUAUAGGAAUAAAGGAAAGCAAUUGGUAGGGGAUAAUGGAUUAGUAAUAAAUUUACCCCCUCUUCGGUCAUUGGGAUAUGUUGACCCUGGGUGGGAACAUGGUGUUCCACAGGAUGAAAGGAAGAAAAAGGUCAAAUGUAAUUAUUGCGAGAAGAUCGUAAGUGGUGGUAUUAAUCGUUUUAAGCAGCAUCUAGCUAGAAUACCAGGAGAAGUUGCACCCUGUAAAAAUGCUCCAGAGGAAGUAUAUUUUAAAAUAAAAGAAAAUAUGAAAUGGCAUCGUUCAGGAAGGAGGCAGAGAAGAACGGACGCGAAGGAGGUCUCAUCAAUCUAUAUGCACUCGGAUGAUGAAGAGGAAGAGGAUGAGCAAGAGGUAACUGCUGUACACCCUAUGAGCAAUGGCAUACCUUUGAUUGAAGAUGCAAGAUUAGGAAGGGACUCAAGAAGAACGUUAAGAGGCACAUCUUCCAUAUUGGAGGCUGAGCCAUGGUUAAGAAGACCAAAUUUUGAAGCUAUUGUUUCGAAGUCUCCAAGAAGUGACACACCUUUGAAUUCCCAACAAGGCAAAAUGGUUAACUGCAAAAGAUUCCGCAAGGAAGUUAACUCUGCAAUUUGCAAAUUCUUUUAUCAUGCAGGAAUUCCUUCCCAGGCAGCAAAUUCCCCCUAUUUCCAUAAGAUGCUGAAGUUGGUUGGUCAAUAUGGAGAAGGUUUAGUGGGCCCUUCUGCCAGUUUAAUGUCAGGUCGAUUUCUACAAGAUGAGAUUUCAACCAUCAAAAACUAUCUCGAGGAGUGCAAAAUUUCAUGGACAGUUACUGGGUGUUCUAUUUUGGCAGAUAGUUGGACUGAUUCGCGUGGAAGAAUAUUGAUUAAUAUAUUGGUUUGUUGCCCCCACGGUAUGUACUUUGUACGUUCAGUUGAUGCCACUGAUGAGUUUGAAGAUGCUAUGUACUUAUUUAAGUUGCUUGACAAGGUGGUAGAAGAGAUGGGAGAAGAAAAUGUUGUGCAGGUAAUCACUGACAAUACACCAAGUUAUCAUGCUGCUGGAAAAAUGCUUGAAGAGAAAAGAACAAACUUAUUCUGGACCCCCUGUCUUGGCUAUUGCAUUGAACGAAUGCUAGAGGAUUUCAUGAAGAUAAAAUGGGUUGGAGAGUGCAUGGAAAAGAGUCAAAGCAUUACUAAGUUCAUAUACAAUCGUAUCUGGCUGCUAAAUCUGAUGAAGAAUGAGUACACUGGUGGAAAAGAACUUUUGCUACCCUCAGUUACCCGAUAUGCAUCAAGUUUUGCUACUUUGCAGAAUCUUUUGGAUCAUAGAAUUGGCCUCAAAAGAUUAUUUCAGUCAAACAAAUGGCUUUCCUCUCGGUGUUCACAAAUGGAAGAGGGUAAAGAGGUAGAGAGGAUUGUACUGAACCCUACCUUUUGGAAGAAGAUGUUGUUUGUUAGGAAAUCCGUGGACCCUAUUAUGGAAGUUCUUCAAAAGAUCACUAGUGAUGAUAGCCUUUCUAUGCCAUUUAUCUACAAUGAUAUGUGCAGAGCUAAACUUCUUAUAAAGAGUAAUCAUAAUGAUAAUGUACGCAAGUAUGGACCCUUCUGGAGUGUUAUAGACAAAAACUGGAAUUCACUAUACCACCAUCCAUUAUAUUUGGCUGCUUACUUCCUCAAUCCAUCUUACAGAUAUCGUCCUGAUUUUGUUCAGCACCCAGAGGUUGUUCGUGGACUAAAUGCAUGCAUUGUUCGACUGGAGCCAGACAGUGGAAAGAGAAUUUCUGCAUCCAUGCAGAUUUCUGAUUUUGGUUCUGCCAAAGCUGACUUUGGAACUGACUUGGCUAUUGGUACUAGAGCGGAGCUUAAUCCAGCUGCAUGGUGGCAGCAGCAUGGCAUAAACUGUGUCGAGUUGCAAAGAAUUGCAGUGCGUAUAUUGAGCCAAACAUGCUCGUCAUUUGGGUGUGAGCACAACUGGAGCAUAUAUGAUCAGAUCAAAAGCCAAAGGCACAACCGCGUGGCACAGAAAAAACUAAAUGAUUUCAUCUAUGUUCACUACAAUCUACGACUCAGGGAACGCCAAAUAAGGAAGACUUCUAACGACUUGAUCUCCAUUGACAGUGUGUUGCAAGAAUAUUUACUCUAUGACUGGAUUGUGGACACGGAGAAACAAGUAUUGCACGAAGAUGAGGCGAUCCCUAUCAAUGAAAUGGAACAAGUUGACACAUACGAAAAUGAGGCAGAGUAUGAAGAUGGACAUGUUGAGGCCAGGAAAGGAGGCAUGCAGCUGGUAACUUUGGCUGAUGUACAGCCCUUGGAUAUCAAUCCUGCUAAUAAUUUUAGUGCUGCCACAGAUGAUGACGAUGAAAGUGAUAAUAAUAUCAAUUUUCUUGAUGAUAACGAGUAGCAGUGGGCACUAGUUCCCGCAAAAAAACGAAAUGAAGCUUAAUCUACAUGUUUUCAUGUAGUUUUCAUGUACUUAAUGUUGUAGGCAUUUUUUCUUUCAAGUGUAUUGAUGUAAAGUGACAUGGUUGAAUAUUGUAGGCACCAACUGAAAACAACAGUUCAGUGAAGAGCCUCAAGAUAGGGUUUACAUUUUUCUCGAGUCUUACUGUUUGAGUUUUUGUAUAUAAUUUGUUGGUUUAAUUUUGA